CGAACCCUUGUCGAAAGAUGCAAAAGAGCGGGGACUGCAUGCUCAGAAGCGCGACAAGGGCGAAUCAAAUAUGGAAAGGCGCAAAUCUCGAUGUAAGAAGGAGGCCAGCAAGUCGGGCAAUGGCAUAGUGCACAGUUUCCAAGCCAAGAACGUCCCCCGGGGUCGACUGACUUUGAAACCGCGAGAGAAACUAGGAUUGUUCAAUAAGGGCAGGGUGUCGUCGCCAGUCAAAGGGCGUGGCUUACCCGACUUGGUUUUCUCAGAGAUGAAGUUUCUACAGAAGUACAAAGACAACGCAGAAGUCGAGCAACCACCAGAGUCACCUAGGAAGAAACGAAAGAAAGACCAAGCACAUGGGAAAGAAGACGAUAUAUCUGCUUACUUCACAUCCGUGCGACCAGCGCUAGCGAGGCAAGACCCGAAUGUCCAAAUCAAGAGACCUUCGCACCGAAAGCUGCGGGAUGUCAACUGCUCCCCGCAGCAGCCGUCACCAAUCGUAGACCAAGCCAUCCCGACGGUCGAAUUGGCAGACCAGACGUCAUAUUUGGGAAUUGGUGUGAGAGGCUCACGCCAUGAAAUUGGAAGUUACAUCUCCUUGUCAGAGUCUGUCCGGGUACCAAGCUUGCCUCCAGCACAUGGUCCUCUGGAAGCUGCUAAGAGCAGUGGUCAGCUGGACUCACUGCAUAAUGGCAGAACAGGCAACACUAUCACUGGUGAAGUGCUGCACUCGCCCCCGAUUCCUCCAAUCACAACCAGACAUUUGGUGGGUGAUAUAUGUGGGCGUUUCCAGGUUUCGUCCAUGCCACCGACGAAUGAACGCCUGUCUCGUUCGCAUUCCCUCCCUCAGCACACUUCGUCACCACGCCGCAUCAAUCUGGCAGAUCGGGCAGCAGGACGUCGAACACCGGAACAUGUUGCUUCACAAUCCUCUAUGCCACCUGUCUUAGCGACGUACAAUGGCCAUCGAUGUCAUCUUCAAAGUCAUAACAUUCCCGAGCCGCGAGGCCAUGACCAACGUGUACAGCCUCCAGACCCUACGAUGCAUCGCGACGUUAUUUUAGACCGUGAAACAGAGCCGGCCGCACAUGAUGAACUUGGCCAGCACACUUCUCCCAGUCUUGGGCGAAUAUUACAAGACUGCAACACAGCGUUUCACGAGAAGCGCGCAGCGGAAGCACUGCAGCCCAAAGAACAAGAACCGUAUCCACAUGGACCGGUACAGAGUAACAUAAAACUGACUACCAAGUCUUAUUUAAAUGCUCGAAGAUUACCAAGCGUGCGAUUUGCAGGGUUGGAGGAAGUCUACUAUCCCUCAGUGCCGACAGUAUCCGGACCUGAAAUGUCCAAGCAUCAAGACGAAGAACUGUACGGAUAUACGGACCAGAUAUUUGACGAAGAAGAUUCACCAUCGCCGCAGCACAUGCAAGAGGAGUACCUUGACGAGGAAGCAUUCGAUUAUGCCGAGCAGGGCUGGGAUGAUGAGGCCGAGUUGGUAGACGAUGACGUCGAGCUUGAUCUACCUGUAGCCGAAGCAUAUUUACACUCGUUGGACAACAACACCAUCAUGGAAAGGACACACAGUCGAACUGAUGCUGUUCCCAAGCCUGGCUUUUGGCGCCCUCAUAAACUGUAUUGAAUGAAACAUGCUUGCCUGUCUUCGAGAUUGUCCACAACCUAUUCCGCGAGCAAGGAGAGAUGAUACCACUAGCCAAAGCGACAUGAAAU